GAGCGACCACGAAUGUUUUUGUACGAGAUAACGGGUGCAUCAGUAAUGACGCAUAUACAGUAAUGAGGGGUCGACAAGAGGCAGAACGCUAACAAAAUACAGCUCUUCUUCGCCCUUUCACACGGAUUCAAGGGUCCCUGGCUCCUUAGCGCAGUCCACUCACUUUUGGCCCAUCGGAUUCCCUAGCAUCUCGGCCUUGGCGCCAGCACCGGUCUUUCCCUGUCCUCUCCACCGCGUCGGGGGAAACCCGCGGGGCCCUGGAUGCAGCAAGGCAGAGCCUGCCAGAGGGGACUAGUUUUGAGCAGACAACAUCUUUUCUUUGUCGAUUUGCACCUCUGCGCCUGCCUGCUGCCUCUGCUCUGUCCCUCUCGCGCGUCGUCCGACUUUAUUUUCUUCCCCCCCGCCUCCGCCCUCGUCCUUGCCCUACCGCGAUUUUCCUCGCGUAACCUCUUCCCAGCGAGCGAGCCAGGGCAAUGGCGUCGAGAGACCAGGCUCACAACCCGUCGACAUGGGACCAGUAUAUUCGCGGUGCCUCCACGCCGGGCCGCAGCGGCAGUCUCUCGUCGCUGGGUGGCGGCCGCAGCGUCCAGUUUGAGAAUGAGUCUCUGCUCGGCCGAAGCGCCGACUCGGGAGAUGGCGAUGGCGACGGAGACGGAGACGGCGACGGCGGCGAGUGGCCCCAGUUGAGACGCAGAAGGUACGGAGACCCGCUGUUUGAUCCAUUGCGGACAAGGAAAAGGCCAUCUUUUCUUGGAAAGGGAGAAAAAAAGAAGAAAAGAGGACUGGUAUAUAUGGCUGGCAACGCCGUGGCUAACUCGGACUCU